GUGUGGGGAUCCCCAGUUGCCGCGCACGCUUCAGGACCUCGCCGGCUUAGAAGAAGCUUUCUCUGCGGGAGCGGGGCGCUUGGGCUCGAUAGGCGAAGCGGAUCUCAGGCAGAGGCGGGUGUUUUCUCCCACUCUCUCCCUCCGGCUGCGCUCCUUGUGGCUCAGAAGGCGGCAUGUUGAGCUGGGGUCUCCCUGGAGCCGUGCUGGGCGGGCUGCUGGGUUUCUGCCUUCUUCUAGCAGGAUCUAGUUCAGGAUUCAAAUGGAAGGGCCCCAAAUUAAACAUAACAGGAGCGCACCAUGUCAUACAAGAAGGAGAUACAUUAAACCUCUUGUGCAGUGGAGAUGUGCCCCAUUCUUGGUUUCUGCCAAAAACGCUAAGUAGGAAUGACAACCGGUUGAAUACAAUGACUUUUGCUUGUGGAAAGCACAACAAGCACUUCUGCAGCAGCCUGACUUUGAACAGAGCUCAAGCAACUGACACAGGAUAUUACAGCUGCAAAUAUCCAUCCUCAAGUGAAGUAAAAAAGAAGACCGGCUCUAAAAUAUAUGUAUUUAUUAAUGACACAAAAAACCCAUUUAUCAAGCUACAUACAAAUAUACCAGAAACGAUACAUACAACUGAUGGACAGGAGCUGGUCAUCCCCUGCAGAGUUACAGCACCUGAUAUCCAUGUGAAAUUAAGAAAGGCAAGCAAAAGAGCUACCAUUAGUAGAAGCAUUCACCAAAGAAAAGAUGAGCCCAACCUAUUCUAUAGCAUCCUUGUUGUUGAUAAAGUCCAUGAUAUAGAUAAAGGCCAAUACAUCUGCAAUGUUAAGAGCGGACCGUCAUUCAAAUCAGAUAGCGUAAACGUUUUUAUUUAUGAUAAAGCAUUUAUCACUUUGCAACAUGGACAAAAAAACAUGCUGGAUGUUGUGUCUGGCAAGAAGUCCUAUCGACUUUCUAUGAAAGUGAAAGCAUUUCCUACACCAGAGGUUGUAUGGUUAAAGGAUGGGUUACCUGCAGCUGAAAUGUGUGCCAGAUAUAAAAUUAGAGAUUUCUCACUCAUUAUAAAACAUGUUGCUGAAGAAGAUGCCGGAAACUACACUAUAAUGUUGAGCACCCGGCAGUGGAACCUACAAAAAAAUUUAACAAUGACACUCAGAAUAAAUGUGAAACCUCAGAUUUAUGAAAAAGUAUCAUCAAUUCCUGGUCCCAAUCUCUAUCAACUGGGAACUAAACAAAUUUUAACAUGCAUUGUUUAUGGCAUUCCUCAUCCUGUGAUAAAAUGGACCUGGCAACCAUGUCAACAGAACCAUUCCAGAACAAGGUAUGACUCUUGCUCCAGUUCAGAAAAUUCGCUAGUUUUGACAUCUGAAAGCACUACAGGAAACAGAAUCCAAAGCAUUACACAAAGAACAGUUUUAAUAGAGGGGAAGAACAAGACUGCUAGCAUCUUGGUUGUAGCUGAAUCCAGAACAUCUGGAACCUACAGCUGCAUAGCAUCAAAUAAAGUGGGAAAGGACAAAAGAGACAUCAGUUAUUUUGUAACAGGUAUAGUAUUAGGCCCAGGAAAUCAGAGCCUCUUGAUUGAAAGAGUGCAAGAGAGUGAUGCUGGAUCCUACCAGUGCAUAGCCACUAAUCUAAAAGGAAUGGUGACAACUUCAGCCUAUGUUACAAUACAAGGACCAUUGAUGGUGAUAGUUGAAUACUGCAAAUAUGGAAAUUUGUCAGGUUAUUUGAAGAGCAAAAGGGAUUUAUUUUCUGCCCAUAAGUAUGGAUCCAUUCAGAGAGACCCCUUGAUGGAGAAGAAGGAUGUUGAGCCCAUCAGCGGUCAAAAGAAAAGACUGGAGAAUGUCCCAAGUCGAGAAAGCUUAGCAAGUUCUGGAUUUCAGGAAGAUAAAAAUUUAAGUGAUGUGGAGGAGGAAGAGGAGGAUGUCAGUGAUUUCUACAAGCGGCCCCUCACCAUGGAAGAUCUGAUUUCUUACAGCUUUCAGGUAGCCAGAGGCAUGGAGUUCUUGUCAUCUCAAAAGCCUUCUGCCGCCGAAAUAAAGACAGACUACUUGUCAAUCAUAAUGGAUCCUGAAGAAGUCCCCUUAGAUGAACAAUGUGAACGGCUUCCUUACGAGGCCAGCAAAUGGGAGUUUGCCCGGGAAAGGCUUAAGUUGG